CAGAGAGAUGAUCGUUAAUGAGCAAAGAGAAAAACAGCUGAAAAAGGAGCUUUUUUGUGUGGAUUUAAUACUUUUCGUUUUUUCAGUGUUUGUGUUACUUCAUGUGAAACCUGCUGGAGUUUGUUUUCUUCCUUUCUGUUGACUCUGAACAAGGAUUUGCCUUCUUGGACGUGUCUACGCUGCUGCUGCUGAUGUCAUCGCGCUAAAAUAACAACACCACUUUGAUCACAUCAAACUCAAAUCCCAAGGAGUGAGGAUGAAAGGGAAGGUGGAUGAGACCAGAGUGGGAUGGUGGAGGAGGAUCGUGAAGAGGAGAAGCUGAGGAACGUGUGGAGGAGAGUGUUGGACGACGGAGGCAGACACAUCCGUCUGUACUGUUCCAAACUGAACCGUAACCAUAAUGGAAAACACGGCAACAGUCAGCAUAGACGACGAGGAAUGGAAUGGAUUCAGCUUGUGUGGUGAUCACAUGAUAUCAGCUCCUCAGAUGAUGAAGAUAAAGAUGACGAGCGCGUGGACAGUAACGACCCAGAGGAAAUGUUCCAGAACAUUCAGUACCAGAAGGAGAUCAUCGCCAACAUUCGAACCCGACCCUGGCCAAUGAGACGCAAGCUCAAAGUUCUCAAGCAUGCCAGAGAGAUUGUCCUGAAGUACGAGGGCCAGCUGACCAGAACCAGAGGCUACCAGACCGCAGGAGCUGAUCUGCUGAAGAAACUGUCCCGUGUUCUGUACAACAUUGUGGUUCUGUUCAUUCCCUGGGAAGUAAGGAUCAAGAAAAUUGAAAGUCACUUUGGGUCGGGCGUGGCCUCCUACUUCAUCUUCCUGCGCUGGUUGUUUGGGAUCAACAUCGUCCUCACCAUCAUGACUGGAGCCUUCAUUGUUCUCCCAGAGUUGCUGGCUGGAGCUCCGUUUGGCACCACGAGAAGUAAAACUAUCCCUAAAGACCUUCUGCCUUCAGCUCAGGACCUGGACACCAUCUGGUCUCUGGGGGGUUACCUGCAGUACUCAGUCUUGUUCUAUGGUUACUACGGCAGGGUGAGGAAGAUCGGCAGCGCCAGCUACCGCCUGCCGCUCGCCUACUUCCUGGUUGGAAUGGCCGUCUUUGCCUACAGCUUCAUCAUCCUGCUGAGAAAGAUGGCCAAGAACUCUCGUCUGAGCUUGGCUAGCGCCUCGGAUGAGAACUUCACCUUUUGUUGGAGGGUUUUCUGCGCCUGGGAUUAUCUGAUCGGAAACCCGGAGGCUGCAGAGAGUAAAGGCGCUGCCAUCGUCAACAACAUCAGGGAAGCCAUCGUUGAGGAGCAGGAAAAGAAGAAGGACACCAGUCUGGCCGUGCUGAUCAGUCUGCGUAUCUUGGCCAACAUCCUGGUGCUGCUGUCUCUGGCCGGCAGCAUCUACAUCAUCUACUUUGUGGUGGACCGUUCUCAGAAGCUGGAGCAGGAGAAGCCCGAGCUGACGCUGUGGGAGAAGAAUGAGGUGAGCGUGGUGGUGUCUCUCAUCACCAUGAUCGCUCCGUCUGCCUUUGAGCUGGUGGCUCAGCUGGAGAUGUACCACCCUCGCACCUCGCUGAGAUUCCAGCUGGCCAGAGUGCUUGUUUUAUACCUGGGGAAUCUCUACAGUCUCAUCAUCGCCCUCCUCGAUAAGGUCAACAUCAUGAGCUCUGCUAUCCCAGUGAGUCCAGCGAACUGGUCUGAGUCCAGCUCUUUCCUGGCCACCAUCUCUCAGCCUGAGGGCGACAACCUCUCCACCCACAUGUCCGAAAUCUCUGCAUCCGGACAUCGCAACAGCACCAUAGCAACCAUCGCCACGGUGCUGGGAGUGGCCCACAGCAACAGGAGCAUCUCCAGCGCCGUACACAACCAGACCGCUCUGUUUGAGAAGAACACCCGUCCUCAGCAGGACCAGUGCUGGGAGACCUACGUCGGACAGGAGAUGCUGAAGCUGUCCAUCAUUGACAUGAUCUUCACAGUGGCCAGUAUUCUGCUCAUUGACUUCAUCAGAGGGUUGGUGGUUCGAUACCUGAGUGACUGCUGUUGCUGGGACUUGGAGAGCAAGUUUCCUGAGUACGGAGAAUUCAAAAUAGCCGAGAAUGUCCUGCAUCUGAUUUAUAACCAAGGAAUGAUCUGGAUGGGAGCGUUCUUCUCUCCUUGUCUUCCUGCCUUCAACGUGUUGAAGCUGAUUGGUCUGAUGUAUCUGAGGAGCUGGGCCGUCCUCACCUGUAAUGUUCCCCAUCAGCAGGUGUUCAGAGCCUCCAGAUCCAAUAACUUCUACUUGGCCAUGCUGCUCUUCAUGCUGUUCCUGUGUAUGCUGCCCACCAUCUUUGCCAUCGUUCGGUACAGACCGUCGCAGCACUGUGGACCGUUCAGUGGCCAGGAGAAGAUUUAUGACAUCAUCUCAGAGACGGUGGCGGCUGACUUUCCUCUGUGGUUCAGUAAAGUGAUGAGUUACGUCACCAGUCCUGUCGUCGUGCUGCCAGCACUGCUGCUGCUGUUCAUGCUCAUCUACUAUCUACAGGCCAUCGCCAGAUCCCUGAAAUUCACCAACAACCAGCUGAGGAUGCAGCUCCAGAGAGAACGGACUGAAGACAGGAAGAAGGUCUUCCAGCUGGCUACAGCGCGACUACAGGCCCCAGAGGCCGCGGCUGUAGCUGCGGCUGCGGCCGACAAACCACUGGAUCAGCCGGACAGCGACGUCACGAGUCAGGAGGCCUCGGUGCACACGCCGUCACCGCGACGCAACGGCAGCGUCACUAACUUCCAGUCCCCCGUUCGCCGCGGGAACAGCAUUCGCACCAUCACCCAGUCAGUGUCUCGGGCCGACCUGAGCCGAGGAAGUGGAUCUGGAUCCAUCAGGAGUCCGACGGUGACGGUCCUGCCCAAACACAGGCUGGAGCACAUUCCUAACAGGCCCCGGCCGUUUCUUAGCGGCCCUAGCGGAUCCUGUAGGUCUCAGUCCUACCACCACUUGGUGUACAAUCACCCGGCUCGCUAUUCUGACAACAUCCACUCUGACCCCCUGUACAGGAAGACUGCGCGCGCCAUACGCCCAGUUGAGGCUGCCGGGUACAUCCCGGCGCAGAGUUAUGGCGGACGCCGCGGUCACACCCGCUACGUCAUCGUCAAUGAACACGAGCCCCGGAAAAAGCUGCUGCGCUCAGCCACUCGCAUCCCGCGCCAUUACCUCAUGGAGGAGCCCGCAGAGAUCGUGGAGCUGUACCCGUGCAACGUCAAGCGCUACGCGACCCGCACGGCUCACCACCAGCCACAUCCUCACCGCUGCCACGCGUCUCAGCAGCACCUGAGCGAGGAAGAGGAGGAGGAGGAGGUGGUGGAGGGGAAGGGCAGGAGGAAGACAUCCCUGGGGAAGACCCACCGGCCUCACUCCCUCUCCGAUCUCCACCAGCCUGCCAACUUCUACAUCGGUGACCGCGUGGAAAGCCACGUCUCCAUCGCUAAAGACGGCAAAGCAGCAAGAGGAAGAUAUGGAGCAAAGGAUGGAGAUGAAGAGGGCGAGGCGGGAGGGGCAGAGAUGGACUGGGGAGGUUCAGAGUCACAUCUGCGCUGCCAGGGCAGUGUGAAGGGGUCGGACCCCCUUCUGGUUCGAACCAGGCGUCACGUCCACUCUCCAGGAAGACACUGUCCGUCUCCAGCCAGGACCAGACACGUGGAGUCUCACGUGAAGCCCAAGAUGAGACCGAAGCUGGAAACGCCCCUCACCGAGUCUGACUCCGCCUCCCUGGCGUCCAGCAGCGACCAGCAGAACAGCAGCACGGACCAGUACAUCCAGGUCAUCCACAACAAGGAGCGCUAUCUCAAGUCCGACACAAGGCAAGGAAAGGUGGCGAAGAAAAAGUCCAAAACCAGCUUUGACCCCAACGUCACCGAGUCCAGUGACCUGGUCUGCUCCAACGUAUGACGCCUCCGCGGAAAUCAAGUGGUGGGUUUCAAAAUUUACCAGAUAUACAUGGUUGAAAGUAGGUCGGUAUGGUCUGGAACUGGAACCACAAAAAGAUUCCGAGUGUAAAACCAGCCGUAGUCGCCAUUCCCGCAAGGAAACGCCUGCUAACGUUGCGUCCGGGUCAACAACACAGUCGACGUGUCGCAAAGUCAAGGAUCCUUCAAGACAAGACUCCUUCUAGGAACAGACUCGCAAGUGUGCUUCAUCACUAUCACAAUGUUCUGCCCGGCAAAACAUCCAUGCACAAAAGGGAUUGUGGGUAUUUAACGCUGCGCUGAGGAACCACAACAUGGAUCCUUGUAAAGGCUCAGUGAGAAGGACUCAGUCCUUCAGCGGAUGAUCCUUCCCUGACUUUGACAAAUACCAGUUAUCUUCUUAUAAACUGCUUCUCAGUCGUUCUAUAUUUCAUUGGAAACACAUCUGUGCUGGGUUUUGAUCUGGUGGGUGGAGUCCAGCUUCUGGUGGGUGGAGUCAAGCAAACGUUUGGAAGAUAUUCAACCUUCUACGAUCGAUGACUUGCGAGGGAGAAGUCGCUAAAACAAAAACGACUCCUCACUCUAACUCUAGUGAGGUAGACGACGAACUACAACCCGAUUUUGA